UAAAAAAUUGAUAUCGAUUUUAAUAGUAUCCGGUUUUCUUGUGCGAAUCCAUAGCGAUGGGAAUUAACUAGAUUUGCUAAUUGGUUGUUUUUCAUUUUCUUCAUUCGUUUGUGGAAAAUCAUCAGUUUUAGUCGUGUAAAGUUUUUAAGGAAUAUUUACGAGAACAACUAAUCUGUAAAUCUGAGCAGAAAGACAUGAGAAACGUUUAUGAUCAGAAUUUGUAUACGAAUAAUGAAUAUAAUAAAGAAAAUGGAAAAUUAACGAAAAUAUCAAACCCAGAAAGUAAUGAGUGGGAAGCUCCUUUGGCUCAAGGAUUAUAUGACCCUCAGAAUGAGCACGAGGCUUGCGGCGUUGGUUUUAUCGUUUCUAUUGAUGGAAAACAAUCGCAUAAGAUUUUACGAGAUGCACAGACUUUGUCGGAACGGAUGAAUCAUCGUGGAGCUUGCGCAUGUGAUAAUGAUACUGGAGAUGGAGCUGGAGUGAAGACGUCAAUACCGCAUAAUUUAUAUGCUAAAGAACUAUCUUCCGCUGGCGUAACUUUACCAGCGUUCGGAAAUUAUGCAACAGGAAUUAUUUAUUGUGACGAAAAAACCUACUCUGAGGCUGAAAAUGAUUUUGCUAAAUUAGCAGAAGAAUUGAAUCUGACAGUUUUGGCAUGGCGCACUGUACCUACAAACAAAGAUGCUAUCGGAGCCGUCGCAAGGAAAUCCGAACCACUUUCGCGACAAGUGUUUGUUGGAUGUUCCUCGGAUUUAACUCAAGAUGCUUUCGAUCGGCAAAUUUAUGUGCUCCGUAAACGCUCCAGCCAUGAAUUAAUGAAAGAUGGACGCCGUUUUUAUAUUUGCUCAUUAUGCUCCAAAACUGUGGUUUACAAAGGUUUGUUCACUUCUGACCAGUUGUGGGAAUAUUACACUGAUCUCAAAGAUCCAAAUUUUGAAACUUAUUUGGCUUUGGUACAUACUCGUUUUUCCACAAACACAUUUCCGUCCUGGGAACGUGCUCAUCCAUUACGUGUGAUAGCACAUAAUGGAGAAAUCAAUACCUUGCGCGGAAAUGUAAAUUUAAUGAAAGCUCGUGAAGGUGUUAUGCAGAGUGAACUAUUUGGAGAUCAUCUCAAAAAACUUUAUCCUGUCGUUGAACCAAAUUUAUCGGAUUCAGGCUCAUUUGAUUGCGUUCUCGAAUUUCUUACGAUGGCCAGUAGACGUUCAUUACCAGAGGCUGUAAUGACAAUGGUCCCUGAAGCUUGGCAAAAUGAUAAAACCAUGUCGCAGGAAAAACGUGACUUUUACCAAUGGGCAUCAUGUGUAAUGGAACCGUGGGAUGGUCCUGCUUUAAUUUCAUUUACAGAUGGUCGGUAUAUUGGAGCGGUACUUGAUCGAAAUGGAUUGCGCCCGUCACGUUUUUAUGUGACAAAUGAAAAUGUUCUUGUAAUGGCUUCCGAAGUUGGCGUUUACGAUAUCGAUCCAUCAAAAAUUGUUUUGAAAAGUCGUUUGAAACCUGGUCGAAUGUUAUUAGUUGACACCAAAGAAAAAAAACUUAUACAGGAUGUUGAAAUCAAAACGCAAAUUUCUAGAUCUCGCCCUCAUUCAGAGUGGCUUCAGCAAAAGAUAACUAUUGAUGAAAUACGCAAUGCGAACAUAUUGGAAGAUAAAUCAGCUGACGAGGGAUUAGCUAUAAAACCAUUGAACAACUAUGCGUUAGACCCGAGACUUCUACUUUUUGGCUAUACAACCGAAACUAUAAACAUGCUUCUUUUGCCUAUGUUCAGUACCAGAAAAGAAGCUCUUGGCUCGAUGGGGAACGAUGCCCCAUUAGCAUGUUUGUCUUCUUUCCAACCGUUGCCAUACGAAUAUUUUAAACAACUAUUUGCACAAGUAACUAAUCCACCCAUUGAUCCGUUUCGUGAAAAGGUAGUAAUGUCCAUGCAAUGUCCUAUAGGACCCGAGGCAAACUUACUUCAACCAUCCUGCAAACAAGUACAUCGAAUUUGGUUAUCAAAUCCAAUUCUAAGUAUUCCUGACGUGAAUUUGUUGAAAAGAAACUCUCAUAGAGGAUGGAGAACAAAAGUGUUGGACAUUACGUUUAGAUUUGAAGAUGGAAUUAAGGGUUAUAUUGAUUGCAUUGACGAUAUUUGUCGACAGGGUUUUAACGCCGCAUCUUCAGGUUAUCAGUUACUCAUUAUUUCUGAUCGGAAUGCUGGGCAUGGGAAAGUACCUAUAUCAGCUUUACUUGCUCUGGGUGCAUUGCAUCACCAUCUAAUAGAAACCUUACAACGUAUGAAAGUUGGAAUUAUAGUAGAGACAGCUGAGGCACGUGAAGUACACCAUAUUUGUGUAUUGCUUGGAUAUGGUGCAGAUGCCAUUUGUCCUUAUUUGGCUUUUGAGUUAGCACAGGCACUUCGUGAUGAUUGCGUCAUUAGUGCAGCUGCAAGUGACAAACAAAUUUAUAGUGCCUAUGCGAAGGCUAUAGAGACUGGUGUGGCAAAAGUAAUGGCUAAAAUGGGGAUUAGUACAUUACAAUCUUACAAGAGUGCACAAAUAUUUGAGGCUGUAGGAAUAGGUGAACAGCUUAUUAAUAAAUGUUUUCGAGGAACAGCGAGUAGGAUCGGAGGUAUUAGUUUGGAAAUAGUAGCGAAAGAAGCUAUGGAACGAUAUAAUAUGGCAUUUGGUAGUACAUUAUGUGACACUCGUAUACUUCGAAAUCCUGGUAAUUAUCAUUGGCGCAAUGGAGGUGAGGCUCAUAUAAAUGAACCCGCUGCUAUUGCAAGUCUACAGGAAGCUACGUUAAAUAAAAAUUGGGAUUCCUUUGAAGCAUUUAAAUUAACAACUUUAGAAAGUGUAAAGAAAUGCACACUUAGAGGCCAACUAGAGUUUGUUACCAAUAAAAAAAAAAUAGAUAUAUCGGAAGUGGAGGAAGCAUCAGAAAUUGUGAAAAGGUUCGUUACCGGCGCUAUGAGUUUUGGCAGCAUUUCUCUUGAAGCACAUCAAACAUUGGCUAUUUCAAUGAAUCGUAUUGGAGGGAAAAGUAAUACCGGCGAAGGUGGUGAAAAUGCAGAUCGGUACUUAGAAAAAGAUUCGCAUAAUAGUAGGAGAUCAGCAAUAAAGCAAAUUGCAUCAGGCCGUUUUGGAGUAACAGCUGCAUAUCUUGCAAAUGCGGAUGAUCUCCAAAUUAAAAUGGCUCAGGGAGCAAAACCAGGGGAGGGUGGUGAACUCCCUGGGUAUAAAGUUACGAAGGAAAUAGCAGAAACUCGGCACUCUGUCCCUGGUGUUGGUCUUAUUUCACCACCACCACAUCACGACAUUUAUUCAAUUGAAGAUUUAGCCGAGCUUAUAUAUGACUUAAAAUGCGCAAACCCCAAUGCAAGAAUAAGUGUUAAGUUGGUUUCCGAAGUCGGAGUUGGAGUAGUAGCAUCUGGAGUUGCGAAGGGUAAAGCAGAACAUAUUGUUAUAUCAGGACAUGACGGCGGAACUGGAGCAAGCUCUUGGACUGGUAUUAAGCAUGCUGGCCUUCCAUGGGAAUUAGGAGUGGCCGAAACGCAUCAAGUUCUCGUUUUAAACAAUUUGCGAUCAAGGGUUAUAAUUCAAGCAGAUGGUCAAUUACGUACGGGCUUUGAUGUUGUUGUGGCGGCGUUGCUUGGUGCUGAUGAAUUCGGAUUCAGUACAGCUCCUUUAAUUGUUAUGGGAUGUACUAUGAUGAGGAAAUGUCAUUUAAAUACAUGUCCAGUAGGCAUCGCAACACAGGAUCCAGUACUACGACAGAAGUUUACCGGAAAGCCCGAACAUGUGAUUAAUUUCUUCUUCAUGCUAGCAGAAGAUAUUCGUAAGAUCAUGGCUAAUUUGGGAAUUCGUCGAUUUCAAGAUUUAAUUGGACGUACUGAUUUACUUCAAGUAUCCAGAAAAAGAAAUAACAAACCCGAUUAUCUAGAUCUAUCGCUACUUUUGAAAAACGCUCUAGAAUUACGGCCUGGUACAAACAUAGUAGGAGGUUCUAUGCGUCAAAAUUUUCAGUUGGAAAAACGUGCUGAUAAUAAGCUUAUUGAAAUGGCACAUAACGUUAUAUAUGGCUUAGAGGACAAUAUUAUUAUUAAAAUGUACAUAAACAAUGAGGAACGUGCUUUCGGAUCAACACUGAGUUAUCAUAUAGCCUGCAAAUAUGGAGAGGAUGGUCUACCAUUUGGCAAAACCAUCGAUAUAGUUUUGGAAGGAUCAGCUGGGCAAAGUUUUUGCGCAUUUCUAUCGUCCGGUGUAAAUGUCACAUUAAAAGGAGAUGCUAAUGAUUAUGUUGGUAAAGGUUUAUGUGGUGGCAGCAUUGUAAUAGUUCCUCCUGACAAUUCAGUAUUUGAAUCGCAUUUGAAUGUGAUAGUAGGAAACGUUUGCUUGUAUGGUGCAACUAAAGGCACUGCAUAUUUUCGAGGUAUAGCAGCUGAACGAUUCUGUGUUAGGAAUUCCGGGGUUACAGCUGUUGUCGAGGGAGUUGGAGACCAUGGGUGCGAAUAUAUGACUGGAGGUAUCGUACUUAUUCUAGGCUUGACAGGUCGAAAUUUCGCUGCAGGAAUGUCUGGCGGAAUAGCUUAUAUUUAUGACGUUGAUAACUCUUUUGAAAGCAAAGUGAAUCCAGAAUCUGUUUCUGUGCUUCCAUUGGAACUUGAGUCAGAUAUAAGUCUUAUUAAGAGUCUGCUGGAGGAUUUUAUAAACAAGACUAAUUCAAAAGUAGCAAAAGAAAUAUUCGCUAAUUGGACUGAGUACCAGACUAAAUUUGUAAAAGUAUUCCCGUAUGAAUACCAAAAAGCUUUACGAGUUUUGGAAAACACUGGAAGUACUAAUACAAAUGAACAUCGUCAUGAAAUAAAAAUUACAAAAUCUUUUGCAGCUGUGGAACCGGUUAUUCAUGAUAUAGAAGAAACUCUUCAAAAAAAAGAAAGUAUUCAGUCAGAGCAGUCAUUGGACAAAAUCCGAGGUUUCAUUAAAUAUAAAAGAGAAAUAAAUAUGUACCGAAACGCUAAUGAUCGACAAGAAGAUUGGGAAGAAGUUUAUAAUUUCCAAAAUAUUCGUAAACAUUUGAAAACGCAAGCUGCACGAUGUAUGGAAUGCGGUGUUCCCUUUUGCCAGUCAAAUGCACAUGGUUGUCCAUUGGGAAACAUUAUUCCAAAGUGGAAUGAUCUUGUUUUUAAAAAUGACUGGCAAGAAGCUUUACAGCAACUUUUGCAAACGAAUAAUUUUCCUGAGUUUACUGGUAGAGUCUGUCCAGCUCCCUGUGAAGGGGCCUGUGUCUUAGGGAUAUCAGAACCACCAGUAACUAUCAAAAACAUUGAAUGUGCUAUUAUUGAUCAUGCAUUUGAACAAGGUUGGAUGAAGCCUGACAUUCCUAGUAAACGAACUGGAAAACGAGUAGCAAUUGUUGGUUCUGGACCUUCCGGUUUAGCCGCCGCAUGUCAAUUGAAUCGAGCUGGCCAUUUCGUUACUGUUUUUGAAAGAAAUGAUAGACCCGGAGGCUUAUUGCAGUACGGUAUCCCAACUAUGAAAUUAUCAAAAGUUGUAGUAAAACGCCGUAUUGAUCUGAUGACUGAUGAAGGAAUAGAGUUUCGAACGAAAGUACAUAUUGGCAAAGAUAUAAAAGCAACAAAGUUACUAGAACAGUACGAUGCAUUACUACUUACAACUGGUUCCACUUUUCCGCGGGACUUAAAUGUAGUUAAUAGAGAUUUAAACGGAAUACAUUUCGCUAUGGAAUUUCUUGAAUCCCAACAGAAAAGACAACUCGGUAGUCAAAAUGACAUAAUAUCAGCUAAAGAUAAACAUGUAAUUAUAAUCGGGGGUGGCGAUACUGGCUGCGAUUGUAUGGCUACAGCUUUACGACAAGGUGCCAAAAGUAUUACCACAUUUGAAAUAUUGCCUGAACCCCCUAAACAUCGUUCGAAAGAUAACCCUUGGCCACAAUGGCCGAAAGUGUUCAGAGUUGAUUAUGGACAUGAGGAAGUUCGUAUAAAAUUUGGCCACGAUCCCCGCCAAUACUGCACGACGACAAAAGAAUUAAUAGGAGAAAAUGGCACCAUAAAAGCCAUAAAAACUAUUCAGGUCGAAUGGAAAAAAACUUCCACUGGACAAUGGUCAAUGUCUGAAGUACUUGGUAGCGAGAAAUAUUACCCGGCUGAACUUGUUUUACUGGCAAUGGGCUUCUUAGGUCCUGAAAAAUCUUUACCAGAAGAACUUGGACUUGACCUUGAUGGUCGUGGAAACAUUAAAUCUAACAAUGGCCAAUUCGGGACCACUAAUUCAAAAGUUUUCGCUGCUGGUGAUUGCCGUAGAGGCCAAUCUUUGGUCGUUUGGGCCAUUACUGAAGGACGACAAGCUGCACGGCAAAUUGAUACUUAUCUGAUGGGUGCUCCAAGCAGUUUACCCGGUCCUGGAGGUGUUAUAGACAUAACUCGAAACGUCUAAGCAAAUAUGUUGUUAAACAUGAUUGUGUCAUAUACUUUUAAGUUCCAUAAAAUCAGUGUAUUCAGCAGUUUAUAUAUAAUAAAGUAAAAAAAAUAUUUGUGAAUCUGUAAUAACAGAGUAAAACAUAAUUUGAUAAUAAACCAAAAUGUUACAGCUUUACAA